AUGUUACCAACUCCUUAUGUAAAAUGCGACUACAAUAAAGUAUACGAGCCUGCUGAAGAUAGUUUCCUUAUACUGGAUUGCCUAGAAAAAGAACAUGACUUUUUGAAACAAAGAUUUGCCCACCGUUUGGCCGUCGUUUGUGAAAUAGGAUCAGGAUCUGGUAUCGUUACAACGUUCAUAAUGCAAAAUGAAAUACUACCGCCAGAAACUUCCAUCCAUCUGGCACUAGAUAUCAACCCAUGGGCACUCGAAUCGACCCUGGGUACUGCGAAGCUGAACUCAUGUGAUGAUUCAUUUUUAGACGUGAUUCAAAGCGAUUUGAAUUCUUGUCUUCGAAACAACCAGAUUGACAUUCUAAUAUUUAAUCCUCCAUAUGUUCCAGCAGAAUGUGUGCCGGAAGUUCCAAGAUCAAGGGAGGAGGCGGAUCAGUGGCUAGACUUGGCAUUACUAGGCGGGAAAGAUGGAAUGGCAAUCACUAGUAAACUAUUGCAACAAUUAGAUAAAAUUCUUUCUCCAGAUGGUAUUGCUUAUAUCUUAUUUUGUGCAAGAAAUAAGCCUGAAGAAGUUGUCCAAGAGUUUCUCGAAACCUACGGGUGGAAUGUUAAAUUAAUUGAAAUGAGAAAGGCGGGAUGGGAAGUGCUCAGUGUUUACAGCUUUACAAGAUGA